ACGUCCGCGGGCCACUGCCAAAAACGCGCUAAUGAGCGCACCUUCUCCAGCACGUCAUACGCAAAGCCUCAUGCACUGCGGGGCGCAAACAGCACUUUACUAAUCACCUACAACCUCACAUCUAGAUUCCUAGAUUCCAAAUCGCCAUCAGUUCGCCGUCGUAAACAGCAGUCACAGACCACCCCAUCUCCUGCAUAAAAACCGGUACGCCCUGCGCGAGAACAAUUUCCCCAGCAGUAGCUUCAACACCUUUUCUCACACAGCAGCAGCAAAUACCGCAACCAUUUCCUCCAUCAUCCGCCGCUUCUUUAGCCGCGCCCCCAGCCCAGGAACCAUGUCCGCCUCCAAGACCAAGGUCCAGUCCAUCAUCGACGAGAACGCCGUUGCCGUCUUCUCCAAGUCUUACUGCCCGUACUGUCGCCAGGCCAAGCAGCUGCUGAGCGACCAGGGCGCCAAGUUCUACGCCAUUGAGCUCGACCAAGUCGAUGAUGGCUCUGCUAUCCAGUCUGCGCUCGCCGAGCUGACGGGCCAGUCUACCGUCCCCAACAUUUUCAUCGCGAAGAAGCACAUUGGCGGCAACUCGGACUUGCAGGCCAAGAAGGGCAGCCUGCCCAACCUGCUCAAGGACGCGGGUGCCAUCUGACUCGAUGGUGCCAAGGGGAAGCUAUAAGCUAGAACUCUAAUGAGAAUAAUUUCAAUCCAAGUACAACACUUCA